CCGCCCAACGCAAUCGCACGCGCCGGUCCGGUGCCGCUUGUAUUACCAGCCUUGUAAUAUCUACCGGUUAUUUUCUAAAUAAGCAUAUGUAAACAAAAGAACAACGACACCUUUCCCGAAACUUUUUCAAAAUGGGAACCAGCCGGUAUGCGGCGGCCAUUUUGUUUUUUAUCUGUGCUUGUUGGGCUUGUGAUGACGACGAUGUGGCGGCGUACAAAGUGACCGUUCGAACGUUGUGGAGCGAGGAAACUUUUCCUAAGGACUACCCCGACAACUGGCCGAAGGCGCAAUGGUCUCCAGUGUUUGGCCAAUCUCACAGCGCUACAUACACUCUGUUCCGUAUAGGCGACACCGCUCGGCCGUCAGUUCGCCAGUUCGCCCAGUUCGGCAAACUGGACGCGCUGGUCGAGGAAGGCGACGACGAACCGCGAGUGUACGACCAGUUCUCGGCGCCGAGGAUAGCGGCCGGCGUGGGCGAGACGGAGAACACGGUGUUUGUGGACGCUGAACACAGUAUGGUAUCGCUAAUUUCCCGCAUUAUACCGUCUCCUGAUUGGUUCGUUGGAGUAGACAGCCUCAACCUAUGUGUCGACUCUUCAUGGAUAGAUCAAAUCACCUUAGACCUGUACCCAUUGGACGCUGGAGCAGCCCAGGGCCUAACGUUCACCGCUCCUCGCUGGGAUAACGAUCCCCCGGAGCCGGUCUUCAAGCACAAACCUCGUCACCCCAACCAUCCGGCGUCUGGCUUCUACUAUCCAUCACUGAGGGAACUGCCUGCUAUCGCUAAAGUGGAAUUUACUAAGAUUAAAGCUUAUUCUACUAUCGAUAUCAACAACUUAGUUCGAAAGGAACUUAUUAAUAAAUUACGUAAGAAGAACGACCGUAAAGGGCAUCCUAAAUUACGGGCAUUGAUUUACGAUGACGACUCAGAAGAAAUAGCUACAAAGAACUCAGUUCAAGAACUUAUGGAUUUGGAGGAAGAGCCAUUUGGUACACCAGCACCAGAUUUACCCGAGAAUCAUGUUGUCGUUGUAACUCAGGCACCUACUACGACCACAACAACAGAAGCAGAGUUUGGCAAAGAUCUAACGAACAUGGAUGACGUGGUACUAGCCGUAGCCCAAGGCCACAGGAUGGGUCUGGGCAAGCGUUUGCCUCGGCACUUCAGGUCAAGACUGCAUCACGCAGUUAACAAGAUACAACCUGACGAUUGCCUAGUAUCGACCUGGAGCGAAUGGACACCGUGUUCGACAACCUGCGGCUUCGGAGACAAGUUCCGGACGCGAACAGUUGUGCGAGCGAGACAGAACGAGGGCCGCGACUGUCCCGCUCUGAAGGAGCGGCAGCAUUGCGGUCGCGUCAAUUCUUGUUCGAAAAUGCAAUAUUUUGGUAGGAUUAAUGUUUAGGGAAUAAAUAUAAAAUAAUUGUUU